AUGCCGGCGUCGCGCGCGGCGAUGAGGUCGGCGGCGCCACCUCGAGCACGAGAGGAAGAGGAGACAGUUAGGUUUUCUAUUGUCUUGUUCGAUCCCCAUUUCCCGUGUUCAUCUGGGUGUUUAAUAGACCACUCCGCCGCCGCCGCCGCCUUCGCUCGCAAGCUCGACCACCCCGCCGCCGCCGCCACGGGUGCGCCGGCGGCCGUCGCGCGCGCGAGGGGCCCCGCAGCGGCGCCGUGGCUGCCGCCGCCCGCCGCCUUCGCGCGCAGGCCCGGCCCCGCUCCGCCGAACCCUAGCCCACCCGAGGCUACAGGGGGCUGGGCGGCGCUGCCGCCGGACGCGCUCGCGGCCGUCCUCCGCAGGCUCGACCACGUCGAGAUCCUCAUGGGGUCCGCGCGGGUGUGCCGCUCCUGGCACCGCGCCGCGCGCGACGACCCCGCGCUCUGGCGCCGCAUCGACAUGCGCGGCCACGCCGACCUCCACCGCCGGGUCGACCUCUGCGGGAUGGCGCGGGCCGCCGUCCGCCGCGCCAAGGGGCAGUGCGAGGCGUUCUGGGCCGAGUACGCCGCCGAUGACGAUGUACUCCAGCUCCUCGGCGAACAGGCACCAUCCCUAAAGAGUCUCCGCCUCAUUUCUUGUCAGAAUAUCAUCAGAUUUGAAGAGGAGAUAAAGAAGUUUCCUUUGCUUGAGGAGCUCGAGAUUUCACUCUUUACAAACAUAGGUGGGAAGCAUGUGUUUGAGGCUGUUAGCAAAGCAUGCCCAAAGCUGAAGCACUUGAGAUUUAAUAGUUACCGCUUCAUCAACCUAGGAAACAGAGAGCACUCAGAUGAUGAUGACUACUAUUAUGACUAUGAUGAUAAUGAUUUGAAGUACAAGAAGGAUGAUGAUGCCCUGGGGAUAGCCUCUAUGUGUGGUUUGUGCACUCUGCAGCUCUUUGCCAAUAACCUCACCAAUGAAGGACUGAAAGCCAUCCUUGACAACUGCCCCCACCUGGAGUCCCUGGACAUCCGUCACUGCUUCAACAUCACUAUGGAUGAUACCCUGCAAGCAAAGUUUAAAAGGAUCAAGACGCUGAAGCUUCCCUAUGAUUCUACUGAUGACUAUGGCUUUCCGGUUUGUAGCCCUCUUUGGUCAGGUGGCAUCGGCUCCGACAGAGAUACUCUUGGACCAUUUGGAAUCUACUACUCCGACAGUGAUGAUUGUGUCUAUGGUGACUACAUUCUGGACUCGGAUGACUAUGAUGAUUACUGUGACCCGUUCCGCUACCUCAAUGGUGUCUACCAGGAUGAGCUUGACCCAGAAGAUCGGAUGUUCCUCAAGGCUAUGCGCAUGCUACUGAGAGAUGAUGAUGAUUACUGAUUUAGUUUGGUCCUUACCUGUACUACUUUGAUGGUGUCUACGAGGAACAGCGAUCUUAUGUUGCUAGGAUCUCACCUUUUGCUGGAAGAUUGCUUAGCGGCACCUGGGCACCAAUGUAUCAGCGUCCUGUAUUGCCUGCCUUUUCUUGUGUUCACUGACUCUGAACUUGUGGUGUUUGAGGACAGUGUAAUGACUGUUGUUGAGAUGUUUCCUUAAGUCGCCGUGGCAAUGUAUGCUCAGCGAAAAGAGAGCAAUCUAUGCUCUUCUUGUCUG